AUGGCCACUGUUCAGAUGGCCAAAGACUGGAAUGCUACUUACCCACAAGUGGGGGACACCGGUGCCGAUGCUCCGGCCGGUUAUAUAACCUUGUGGUCGGAUUUUUUCACCCACGGUAACCUUAGGUUGCCGGUGACGGUGUUUGUGGCGGAGGUAUUGGAGUAUUAUCACCUCCAUAUCUCCCAGCUUAGUCCUUUCGGAAUGUUCCGAAUUCGGAAUUUUGAGUACACAUUCCGUGCCCAUGGCCUGCCCAUUUCAGUGGAGAAUUUCCGGCGUUUCUACCAGUUGACGGUGAACACCGGUUUUUUCUCGUUCACUCAAAGGCAUGGGAGUCUGAAGUUGAUGACACCCCCUAAGGGUGUGACAGGCUGGAAGAAGAGGUUCUUCUACGUGAAAGCCUGUGCGGUCUAUGCUAACAUGUCUUUCAGGAACGUCGAUGUUGGAGUUUCCGAUGAAGAUAUUCCUGUUGCUUCCGCAGAGACCGCGGACUGGUUCUCUAGGCUGCGGCCUAUUGAACUCAAGAAGUUGGAUAAUGACCAACUAUGGAUAUUGCGGAUGAUGCUCUCUAGACCGGAUAGGAAGGAAAGACCCGUGUUGCGGGAACAGGGUGGUGCGGAUGCGGUUGGCUUGUGGAGGAUGUUUGAGCCUGAUUUCAAAGGCCAGGUUGAACUGAUCGCGGUUGAGCUGAAGAAAGGUUUCAACCUUGAAAUUCUGAAGAACUUCCGCGUACCAUCAAAAGCGGUGCUGGAAGCCCCGGUUCCGGGAGACGCAAGAGGUGUCCUUGCGGAUUUGGGGAAGUUUGAGAAACGCGUCCCCAAAAAGACUGUGGAGAAGAAAACGGUAAAAAAGACCGUGCGGGGUCGUGGUAAGGGGAGUGUUGAAGGCUCAGCUGCCCCUUCUUCCGUUUUCGAAGCCGCAGGUAGUGGUGCGGCCGCGGGUGGAACUGGUGUGGUUCCCCCCGUUGUUGGAGAGAAAAGGGGGCCAGAGCAGAAAGCUGCUGGUGGUGGUGAACCGAAGAGGCGGAGGCUGCCGACCAGGAGAGUUGCUCCGGUGCAGAAGAAACCUGCAGUUGCUGCUGAAUCCCGAGAUGCGGGGUAUUCUUUUGUUGACAUUCCUGCGUCUCCUCCGCACACCGCUGCCGCGGGUGCGGGUGUAUUGAAGGAGAAGGUCGCGCCUAAGGAGCCUGCGGCCCCUUUUGUUGGGCCAGUUCGUGAUCCCCCUUUGGAGAAGACGGUGGAGGGGGAUGAUAUUUCUAAUGACCCUGCGGCAUGUAGGGAGAUUUUGGGUGGUCUGGGGACCCCGUUUGAAGUCGAGCGUGCCCGUGCCGCGCCCCGAGAGCUGCGUAUUAACCAGCUUUCGUCGAUGCUGGUGGGGACUUCCAUUGUGGCUAAUGCCAUUUUGGAAGAUUAUAAGGUGUUGGGCCGUCGCGAGGAGGAGGCCACUCGUAUGCGGGCGGAAGCGGAGAAGUUAAUCGAGACUGCUCGUGUGGGUGCGGAGCGGCUCGAGAAAGACAAGGCUGAGGUGCAGGCGCGGGAGGUCGCGGUUACGGACCUUACUGCCCGCGUGUCUGCUGCGGAGCAGCGGGCCGACGCUGCUACUGAGGCCAAGGAUGCCUUGGCGGUUAUACUGAUCAGGCAUCCGGGUUCCGGGAUGUAG